UGGCAUCUACGGACAUUCGAUUCACCCUCAGGCUGGCGAGCAUUGAGUGAAAUGCGAGGAUUGUUGACGCCCUGGGGGUCUUUAGUGAUGCUUAAUGCGCAUGUCCGUUCUCUUCGACUUUUGAAAGUCUUGCGUUGGUUUCAUUGAUUGGAUCCAUCGGAUUCAUGCACUGGGCAUGACGGAGAGCAAUAAGAAGGUCUCUUCGUUGUCAUGUUGAGCGGCUAUAGUGGGAGAGAGUGAAAUGUUGAAGGUGGUGCUGAUGGGUUUGGGUGUGGGCAGAGAGUCGCGUUGAGUUCUCUGGUUAGGGUUUUGAUCUUUGGGAAAAAAGAGGAGAAGAUUCUUUAAUAGGGUGGAGCAGGCGUAGACACUACUGUUGGCACAAUGUUGCCCACGGUCAAUCGGGGUCGCGCCUCGACCGGAGGCUACCGGAAUAAUUCUGUUCUACCUCAAUACCUGCGACGAAUUGUUAAGUACAAACAAAUGGACAUGGAGUACACCUUCUGGCAAAUGCUUCACCUUUGCACAUCACCCAAAGUUGUGUACCAGCAAACGAAGUAUCACAAACAGACAAAGAAUCAGUGGGCACGAGAUGAUCCUGCAUUUGUGGUUAUCUGCAGUUUUUUAUUGGCAGUGGCAGCUACAGCGUUCUGUGCAGCGUAUGGACACAGCGUGGCUCAAGCAACCUUCACCGUCGUAUCCGUGGUCUUCAUGCAUUUUUUUCUUGUUGGAGUCUCUUUGGCUUCUAUCUGCUGGUUCUUAUCUAAUCACUACCUUCGUGAAGAGUUCACUGUACAUACGCAUGUCGUAGAGCAGCGCGUUGAAUGGUUAUACGCAUUCGACGUCCAUUGCAAUGCUUAUUUUCCCCUUUAUGUGGUUCUUUAUGUGCUGCAGUACUUCCUGUCGCCACUCCUCCUGGCACAUGGGUUUGUGGCGACACUGCUUUCGAACACGCUUUACUUUGUUGCGCUUUCCUACUACCAUUAUCUCAACUUCCUCGGCUAUGAUGUUCUGCCUUUCUUGGAGAGAACAACGUUUUUUUUGUAUCCUAUCGGGCUACUGGCUCUUCUAUUUCCUAUCUCUCUUUUGACCGGAUUCAAUCCCUCUAGAUUUGCUUUGGGCUUGUACUUUGGAUGACUAUUUACGACGUUCCAGAUACAGGUGAGUGCAUCACUAUCAGGCACAAAAUAAUUUACACCAGCACCAGCAUUCUAGCAUUCCUACAGAGAAGGUAUCUUAGGCUAUGUUAUGGGGGGAGUUUACGGUCUUAGCUAUGGAGUUCGACACAGCAGCAGAAGGAUGAUUAACGGGAGACAUCGAUAGUUUGUGCAGUGUGCAAUUCUUCACAUGGACAAUCACUGGUAUAUAUAUAUAGAAAGGACUUGCAAAUGCUUGGAAGUUUGAGUGGAAGUUCUGCCUGAACACUCGAUUUGUGAAAGUAGAAAUCGAGUGUAGGUCUAGGAACUGAGUUUUUUGGAAUGCAGGUGGUUGGCCGAUCUGCAGAUGUUGCACUGCGGCGUUUUGUUUCGUAAUAUCCAAAAUCAGUUCCUCAUUUUGGUGCAUCAACGAACUACAUUAUCAAUAACAUAGUAGUUUAGUGAGCUAGCCCUUCUUGUAAACAGAAUCCGAUCCAGCAUUUUUUGCAGGAUACCCUUUCUGAACAUAUCAUGGAUAACAAUUGAUUUUUGAUGAGUUGGACCAA